AUGUGGGGACCUGACAACUUCACAUCGUUUCGCCAGCUUCGACAGCUGUUCUUCGGAUUUCAUCUAUGGAAAAUGGAGAGCUUUGAUGAUGUUCCUAUCGCUGGACCAGUCAUCCAUGAGCCGUCGUUCCAUAAUGAUCACCUACCACUCCAAUCAAACCCGUCUGACGGUUCGGUCAAAUCCGACCUCACUGUGACAGCAGCCUCUACCAUAGCGCCUAGUGCCAAAUCAUCAUCGCGAAUAGAGCGCACCGACGACGGAAGACUGGCGGAUGAUACCUCUGGGGUAUCGGAGUUUCCCCCCUUGCCCUACAACCCACAACUUGGACCCCAUAUCGAAGAAGAAGGGGACGGCGAGGAUGAAGAGCCGCGAGUAGCGACAUCCUUUGAGCGAGAGGCCUCGACAACAUUAGCACAGAAACACCGAUCUACCUCGGAUCAUCCAGAAGAUGAAGGCAUUAAUCGCAUGCAUAAGUUUACGCUCUAUGAAACUGCAACGCGAUUCUAUAUGGUGGGUAUCAAUCUUGCUGAGACGCGGUUCCGAAUUCUGAAGAUCGACCGCACAUCGGAGUCUGGUGAGCUGAGCAUCACUGAGGAUGACGUGGUGUACAGCAAGAGGGAGAUGGUUCAGCUUUUGGAUGCCAUCGACGACGGAAACAAAAGCUCCGGCGGUUUGAACCAGAAAUGCAGUGCCUGGGCUUUGCUUGGAUUUAUCAGAUUGACCGGAGCAUACUACAUGCUACUCGUCACCAAAAGGAGCCAAGUUGCCAUGGUUGGCGGUCACAACAUCUACCAAAUCGACGAAACAGAGUUGAUUCCACUGACCACUGCGGAAUCCUCACAAUUCAAAGCCGAGAGUCAUCCCGAGGAAGCCCGAUAUAUCGCAAUUCUGAACAACCUUGAUUUAUCGCGGUCUUUUUACUUCAGCUACUCUUACGACAUCACUCGCACACUCCAGCACAAUAUCUGUCGGGAACGAAAGGUCGAUCAGCAUGGACAUCCACGGCCCCCUUCGCAAGACUAUCACUCGAUGUUCAUUUGGAAUCAUCAUCUCCUGACACCGACAUAUGAAGCCAUCAAAAACCCUUUCGAGUGGUGCCUUCCCAUCAUUCACGGAUAUGUGGACCAAGCAAAGAUGAGUGUGUAUGGCCGAUUGGUGUACAUCACGAUAAUUGCGCGUCGAUCUCGUUAUUUCGCGGGCGCCCGUUUUCUCAAACGAGGUGCAAAUGACUUGGGAUAUGUCGCCAAUGACGUGGAGACCGAACAAAUUGUCUGCGAACAGAUAACGACCUCAUUCCAUUCGGCUGGGCCUGCACUUCACGCAAACCCUCAUUACACCUCUUUUGUUCAACACCGUGGCAGCAUACCUCUCCAUUGGACCCAGGAGAGCACGGGCGUAUCACCGAAGCCGGCCAUUGAGCUUAAUCUCGUCGAUCCAUUCUAUUCGGCUGCAGCUUUGCAUUUCGACAAUCUCUUCGCAAGAUAUGGAGCUCCAAUCUAUAUCCUGAACUUGGUGAAGUCCAGAGAACGAACCCCGAGAGAAUCGAUUCUUCUCAAAGAGUUCACGGAUGCUGUGACCUACUUGAACCAAUUUCUUCCCGAGGACAAAAAGCUCAUUUACCAAGCAUGGGACAUGAGCCGCGCAUCCAAAAGCCGAGACCAGGAUGUGAUUGAAAUCUUGGAAGAUAUCGCAGGGGAUAUCAUUCCUAAAGUUGGGUUCUUCAAGAAUGGAAAUGAUCCCGAGUCCGGCCUGCGACUGCAGAACGGCGUCGCGAGAACCAACUGCAUUGAUUGCCUCGACCGAACUAACGCCGCCCAGUUUGUCAUUGGUAAAAGGGCACUUGGAUAUCAACUUCAUGCUCUUGGAAUCAUAGACAAGACAACGGUUGAGUAUGACACAGAUGCUGUUAACCUUUUUACGAACAUGUGGCAUGAUCAUGGAGACAGUAUCGCCAUCCAAUAUGGUGGAUCCCAUCUCGUCAACACCAUGGCUACGUACCGCAAGAUCAAUCAGUGGAGUAGCCAAUCUCGUGAUAUGGUGGAAAGCUUUAAGCGAUUCUACAACAAUUCCUUCUUGGACGCACAGCGUCAAGAGGCAUAUAACCUCUUCCUCGGAAACUACAUCUUUACGCAAGGCACUCCGAUGCUCUGGGAUCUACCUUCUGAUUACUACCUACAUCACACCAAUCCCAAAGCGCACUCGGAAAGGAAACGACCUAGCUACAUCUCUUGGUACACACCAGAGCAUUUGAAAGAGCGAGAGAUGCCCCCGCUCCCAUUCCACCCCAAAGAACCACUCUCACACUUUGACGAUUAUUGGUUGGAAUAUUACCGACCGCUUGCUCUUUCGUCACUUUCCAAGAUUUUCUCUUGGAAGAUGAACUCCACGUCCCGUUAUCUACCCCCAGUUCGCCCCGGACAUCCGGUUCCUGAUCUGAGCCCCUUCUUCCCACGCAUUCCUCAAGAACAGAUCCAACGCGAGCGUGCCCCCCAGCGUAGUGUCAAGAUCCAGGAACCAUCGAAGAGCCGCAGCCGAGCCUCAUCGAGCACCACACCGAUUGUCCCAGCCGAGCCAACCUGGGCCCAUCAGCCUCCAUCUUCCUCAAAGGUCCCUCCAGUCAGCGGUAUUAUCAAAGAGCCCACUUUUGAGUUCCACAAGACGACCAAAGUACCUCCUAUCAAUUCUCCCAGUACGUCAGGGACCCCCACUGCUACCAAAACCGAGAUUGCCCAGUGGACCCUCGGUCAGCUCGUGAGCGAUGCACUGAACCCGUCGGUCACCGAAGCCGAACAAGAAGAAUACAAGCGGUAUAUCAAUCACCCGCUUCAGGUCCCGCUAGUAGUCACCUCUGAAGAUGAAAUGACCGCCGCGUCACUGCAAGACAAUGGAUACAACGAUUUCUUUGAAUACGUGAACAAAUGCAACGUGGAGGAAUCGGUCCUUAAAGGGAAUGCAGAGGGCAGUCUAGCUGACUACGCUGAAUUCUUGAGUAUCUCAGAGGAGGGACUUACGGUGUCCGGCGAGGACUUUGAGAAGAAGAGAUAUAAACGGUACCGCCAGUGGUUGCGUGGCAAGAGUCUCUUCAAGCAGCGUGUCGAUGCAUGA